CUCUCCUCAAAUCUCUCACAAGAGUCCCUUAACUGUGCAAGAAACAACCCACCGCCACCGCCACCGCCACCGCCACCACCACCAUCAGUGAACCUCCAAAGCUCACAGCUUUUUCUCUUUCCUUUUUUCUUGUACCGAUGGAAUCAGACGCAGAAGACACCAAGUCCCAAAUGACCCAAAACCCAUCAACGCCACAAACCCAAACCCACAAGCACAAGAAGAAGAAGAAGAAGAAAAUCCCAACAGUUCAAGCCACAAUCCAAGUCGUCCCAGACAUCCCAGAGAAAACCCCUCCUUUGGUCGGCUAUUUCCCAUGUAGCUUCGACCCCACCAAGAGCCCAUACUCCAAUUCAACCGAUGUUGGGUUGUUUAGGGACGGCAAAAAACCUAGAAGACUUCAGAUUGUGGUGACCCCAAAUGGGACCAAUGUUGAUUUUGUUGGCACUAACUAUACUGGUGAGGCCACGACUGGGCAGAGCUGCAAUUUUGCACUUGGUGUUCUUGAUAAGGCCACCCAGACUUUGAAGAUUUUGCCCGUUGCUUCUAACAAGAUAUUUAGAUUACAACCAAUGGUUAGAGGCUGUAACUACUCUGCUAAGGAGCCUGAAAGUUCAGUGAAGGAACAACUUACUGGAGAAGAGAAGGCCGAGAAGCAAAUGGAGCUCCAGAGUCGCUAUGGAACGAAGAAGGCAAUUAGGGAGAGUAAAAAACUGCGCUCCUUGAAGCAAGAAGAUGGUCCUGAAUCUCAAAAGGAUUUGGAUGCCAAAAUCAAACUCAUUGUGCCAAACAAGGAGGCUCUAGAAAGUACUGAAAGCCAAAUCUCUCGCCAUAUCCCACCAUUUAAUGAAUCUGCCACCACUCCCCAGGAAGCAUAUCCACUGGACAAGAUCAUCCUCACAGGAGAGUGGGAUCUACUUGGAGAUAUUUAUGAGCAUUUUCAAGGUGGAGCAGAAGUUUCAUGGGAUGCUUUCCCAAGAUUUGUUUGCCACAGAAUCCAUAAAUUGCAGGAUAUUGAGGUUGAUGAGGAGAAGUUUAAGCUUUCUUGCAUAUUCUCAUACAUUACGCAUCUUAUAAAGUUCAAAGAUCAGCAUUCCAUGGAUGGUAUUUCCUCGUCCAGGACCCACAGGAUCCCAAACCUUCUAUUCAAUAAGUUUUCGACUAUGUUUCCUAUGGAGUCAAAGAGCCUAUCAAAUGAGAAAACUAAUCUCCUCAUUAGUUAUGUCUUGGUGCUUACUCUUUUCGUGGAUGAAUUCGAGACAGAUUUAACAGAUGUAGCAAAGGAUCUGAGAAUGAGCGCAAUAGCUUUGAGAAAGCAUUAUGAGAACCUUGGUUGCAAGCUCGUACGCAAAAGAAACGUAAUGUUUGCUACCCUGCCUGUACCUCUACAAUUUCCACAAUUGCGGCAGAGGCGGCAGAAGCGCAAUAGAUGAAUGCUUUGUUUAUUCUUUGGAUUGUUUGACAGCAUAUGGAAGAAUUUGGGCUCUUUCUACAGGCAUAUAAAGUGAGAUUUAGAUGCAGGUUCACAAAAGUGCCUUAAGUUUUUUGUUUUGUUUCUAUUGCACAAUUUUUAAUUUUACUGUGCUUGUGUGGCAGUUAAGUUAUAAAGUUUGGCCAUUUUUUUAAUUUUA